AUGAGCCGGUCAGUGACCACGGGAAGAUACGUUCGCUCCAUAGAUUGGCAUCCAGUGCUUUCUGGAAUUUGUGUUGCUUCUUACACUUUUGAAACGGCGACUGAAGCACAAGCGCCCAAAGAACGUGCAACUGCCAAUGAAGGAGACUGUGCCACUACGAGUGAUUCCGUCAAUCGGGCGGUGUUCGAAAAGUGUCCCGUCCUAAUUUGGAGCUUCACGAAUUCGCUGGUCCCUCUGCUUAAGCUGAAGUCGAUUCGCGAGGUCACGGCUGUGUCGUUCUGUCCCUACGAUGGGGAUCUUCUGAUCGGCGGAUUGACAAACGGUCAAAUCACUCUCUGGGACUUGAAGGGUGAAAUUGCCCGUGUUGAGGCUGCCCAGACCUCAAGUAGUGAGCAUCGUGGAGGUAUUCUGCAACUAAUGGAACAACCUGCAGAACACGAGAUCGAUCGAUCGGUUACUCCUGCGGCCGUAAGCUCCCUGGAGCACUCACCGCGCGGUGCCAUCAGCGCUAUCAAGUGGCUGCCUAGAAACUAUUUCUGCACCCCAACCGGUCACCUGAAGGUGGCCCAGGAGAAGCGGCACCGCUUCUUGAUGACCUCGUCGCUGGAUGGGAGUGUUUGUUUCUGGGACUUAAACUUCUCCUCUCCGACCCUUCAGAAGAUGGUAGCGGCCGCCACCGCCAAGAGCAGUCAGAUGGUGGACCAAACGAUCUACCAGCGGGUGGAUAAUCUGUUCUUCCCCGUGUUUAAAAUUAUCUGCCAGACAUCGAUCGUGUGCAUGGUUGUGGAUGAAGCGAUUUAUCACUCGACGCCACUGGAGACCUCCUCGGACCUGAUCAAACGCGUUGCGCACCAUCUGGAGGCGAUUCCCGUAGAGUGCACCAAUCGUGUUAUCUUGGGAACGCACACCGGUCAGAUCGUGGAGGGGUUUUGGGAAGGUUAUGAGUUCGACCAGGGCGUACUGGUGAAUGACGAAACUCUACAGGUAACGCACAACUUCAGUGCCGUUCAUGAUGGGCCCAUCGUUGGACUGGAGAGAAAUCCAAUGGUACACCACGCGUUGCUCUCAAUCGGCGGACAUGUGCUGUCCUUGUGGAGCAGCAAGGAUCCUUGCGUUCCGAUAUUUUGGCGUCAGAAGCCCUCCAAGGUAACGGCGUGCCAGUGGAGUUUGGAUCGUGUAUCGGUGUUUUUCGUUGGAUAUGCCGAUGGCAACUUGGAGGUUUGGGAUCUGAAUAUGAGAACGUUUCGUGCCUGCAUUUGUGUAAACCUCGGAUCGGAAUCACUGACGGUUAUAUCGCAGCAUCGCCUGGCUAGUGCUCGUCACUGUUUGGCAGUGGCCGAUCAGAAUGCGAACAUAAGAAUCUUUACACUUUCGGAAGGACUCGUAAAGGCAGCACCCAAUGAGGAGCAAACCAUUCGAGAUGUGAUCCAGCACGAGAUCUCGCGAAGGUCUGCCCAGUCGGAGUGGGUCAAAGCCUACAACGAUAGAAAUCCUAUCAAGUCCCAAUCAAGGCCGCAGCGCGAAAGCACCGCCAACGAAAACACUCCCCUACCAGAAAUGAUUGCGGAACAAAAGAGUGACAAUCACAAGCAGGAAAGUAAGGGUGGCCCCGUACAGGAGAAGCGCAUGGCACUGGGCGAUCGUUUGGAGCAGCAGUACAGGGCAAGACACUUCCAGGAUCUGCUGGGCAAGCUGAUGGAGCGCCGAAAUGUCAGUCCGAAACAGAUGGCCCAGCAGAUGCGUCCGCUGGUGAAGCGUCAGCAGUAUGACGCGGAGAAGCGAUCAGCGAUCGCCGCCACGUUGGCACGGGCUGAAGGAGACUAUGCGAAUCAGAAGAAAAUAUUGCACCCGUCGAGGAAAGCAACCGAAGCCCAACGGAAGGACGAUUCGCGCGAUAGGAUUGAACAGUUGAUGCCAAACAUUGCCGACUAUGGCACGGUCGAGGCUGAAGCUAGAGAAACGCUGCGGUCCCAUUACCUCCCACAGGUGGAAAGCUUUCUCGAGGUGUUGGUGAAGGGAAAAGAUCAACGGACGAAAGUGUGUGUCGAUGUGGGCGCCAACAUGCGUCAUGUUGUUAGCUACGAAAACAAGCGAAGAUUUCGAAAACUUGGAGUAGCUCCGGCGACGCGUAUGGAAGAUUUAGUGCCACCGGCAGAAGAUGAAGUCCAGACAGAAGUUGAGGAUGUGGAACACGAAGACGUGAAAGAUUUGAAAUAA